CUUUAUUCUUUUUUCAUCCAAAUGUGUGAACAUUAGUAAAAUGUUGAUCUUUUUUCAUUAAUUGUUAUUGUUUAAUUAUUGCUUUUUCGAUUUAAUUAGAAUUAGAUUUUUUUAUUGUCACCCAAUUUACAUCAUGACGGUUAAUCAGUAUAUAAAAGAUGUGAUUUUGGGUUGUAUCAAUGACAUGGAAUCUUUAUCCAAGAGUUUAAUAGAAAAUAUGAUUAACAAUAAAAGACUUCGCCCCAAUUCUGGUCAUACAGUUAAUUUGACUGAGCUUGGAGAUAAUUUGGUGGCUAAAAAUGGUCAGUUGAAAAAAUCAAUUAAAACUGCUAUGGAAAUGGAAGAAAUGUCAAAGAAGGUUGAUUAUUUAAACCUAGAUAUUAAUCGAGCCGAUGAGGAGAUAAAACAUUUGACCAAAUCACUGAAAGAAGCUGAACAUAUUCUGGCAACAGCAAUUUAUCAGGCUAAACAAAAGUUAUCCUUAAUUAGACAGGCCAAUGAACAUCCGGUUCCAUCUGAGGAGCUGAUUAAAUAUGCAUAUAAAAUAAGCUCUUGCCAUUCGGUUGCUGCUCCAUAUAAUUGGGAGCAGGGAGACUUAAGGAGACCCUAUCCAACUGAUUCUGAAAUGAGAUCAGGUUGGAUCGGUCAGAUGGGAGGUUUUGUGUCAAACAUGGUAACUUCGGGUCAACCACAAUCUCAGCCCCAACAACAAAACUCUUAUAACGCCCAAACUGCCCCCAAUUCAACCGCACCUCUUGCUGAAGAUCAUUUAUUUACCAAAGGCUUUUUAGAAUCAGUUCAUUCAUCAUCAAUAGACUCAAAAGCAACCAUUUCCAAAGAUAAUUUAGAUGAAGUUGAAGUUAUGUCAACCGAUUCAUCAAGCAGCUCAUCAAGUGAUAGUCAAUGAUUGUCUCUCUUUGAAAAUUUACAAAACAACUAAUUAAAAAAGCUUUUAUUUAUUUCA